AUGCAUCAGUUCCUCCAUAACCGUAGCAGCAGCACUCCGCUGCCCGGUCCUCUGCCCGCCGUUAUGACCAUUGAGCCCAACGACCUUUUCCCGAACUGUUACCACGAAUUUGAUGUGCCUACCAGCUCAAGCAGCGGCAGCACCAUCCAACGCGCCUUCCAGAAAGUGAUUGGAGGCUGGGGGCAGCGGUUUCCUCGUUAUCUACCAGCUGCUGGAAAAGCGCCAGGUACCCAAGAGGCAGAUGUUGUUCAACUGCAAUCAGCCUUUGACCUCGGGAGGAUCCAGACCAUAGAAAAGGCAGCAGCAGCCAAGAUCUACUUGGAGACAUAUUAUAACGAGGUUAUCGGUAGCUGCGAGACACCGCGCGAGCGGCGUGUUACUGAGUUUCAGCGCCUUGUGGACGAGACCAUACCCUCCGUCGAAAGUAAAGACAAGGAUUAUUACAUGGGCCGUUUCUUCCAGGAAGAAUCAAACCAUCUCCGUGCACAAAGGGUCGCCAAAGCUCAAAGCUGCAGGACGACCCGGUCUUCUUGGGCAACGAGAACAAUCCACGAGCAAAUUUCUGAGGAACCUUGCAAGUCAUAUUUGAACAGCCUCGAAACUCUUCAAAUACUCGGUAAAGGGAGCUUUGGGGUGGUCAAGCUUGUCCGUGAGCGGCGCGGGCCCAAGGUGUUUGCUAUGAAGGUCAUUCGAAAAUCGGACAUGAUUCGAAGCUGCCAGGAAGGUCACUUGCGAGCUGAAAGAGACUUUUUGGUCGCUGCAUCGAAUUCAAACUGGGUUGUCCCCUUGAUGUACAGUUUUCAAGACUCUACCAACCUAUAUCUUGUCAUGGAUUACAUGCCUGGGGGGGACUUUCUAGGACUACUGAUCCGCGAGAAUGUCCUUAGCGAACCCAGAACCCGCUACUACAUUGCUGAAAUGAUACUCUGCGUCGAAGAAGCACACAAGCUUGGCUGCAUUCACCGAGACGUCAAGCCAGACAAUUUCCUUAUUGGCGCUGACGGCCAUCUCAAGAUUUCAGACUUUGGACUGGCAUUUGACGAUCACUGGUCCCAUGACACCACAUAUUACAAGUGGCACCGUCAAAGUUUGCUCUCUUCUAACAACAUUAUACUUAAUGGCGACAAUGAGGAUCUCAAAGCCUUGCAAGACGGGAGUUCACAAAAACGGAACACAUCUCAGUUAGGUUCUUCGAGACAUGAACCUCCGCCUGAGUUUGUCCAAGCGGGUCAGCUUCCACGGUUAGCGUCAUGGAGUAUCGGAAUUAUUCUCUACGAAUGUCUUUACGGCCACACGCCAUUCCUCUCAGACAAGGGUCGUCACUAUACCAAGCAGAAUAUCAUUGGCCACAAGGAGACUCUAGAGUUUCCCGCGGGGUCCACAGUAUCAGAAAAUUGUCUGGAUUUGAUAGUUUGUCUGCUCCAAGACAAAGAAACGCGACUCUCAUCGCCUCAGUAUCACUACCAAGACAGACAAUAUCGAAGAGGUGUUUCACAGCCCCCACGAAAAUAUGUAUUCCCAGAUGAUGCAUCCGAUAUCAAGAAACAUGCAUGGUUUCGGGGGAUUCGUUGGUCUGAUUUGCAUCUGAGAAAGCCGGAGUGGUUGCCCCGGAUUCACAGUUUCCUUGAUACGCAUUACUUUGAGGAAGAUGAGCCUAUCAGUGACUGGUCUGAGUCGGUAGACUCCUGCACGGCGGAAGAGCCCACGGAUAUAGACGGAAUUGUUUUGGAACUUCAAUCUGUUGGUUUCAAGCCUGAACACAUCAACUUCUUUGUUGAGGCCAUUGACAAGCCUUACGAUUCGACAAGACUCAAGCAAAUUGAUCAUAACAUCGAUGCUUACUCAAGGUUGAGUUCUAAGGGAAAGCAGUGCAUGAAGGAAUUCGUCCGCAGAUAUGGUCACAAGGAACGCAAGCGGCCCCGAGACAAGCUGCUCAGGGAUCCUGCAACGAAGAGCGAAGUCAUGAGACUGAGGAAACAGAUGGCAUUUUUAGGGUACUCGUGGCGAAGGGCUCCGACUCAGCGUCAACCUUUCAACACGAUUUACAACAUGGACACCUACGAUGUCACGUCUCAGGGACGGAUGCUAGGUUACAAAGUUGGUUGCGUGAGGGUUACGAUUGCGCUGCCAUUAUGA